UCUGAUUUUGACAGCGGGAAGGGACGGAGGAACUCUGAUGUGCUCCUGCUAUGGAUGAAUUAGAAGUGCCAUAUUACGUCGAUGGCGACCUAGAUGAGUACUAUGAUGAUCCUGAUGAAGCCUUGUUGUACGAACAUUUGGAAAAAAUGUCCAAGUAUGGGCGAUUUUUCUACAUGUUCCAGUCUUGUGUGGGACCGACGACUGUUCAGACAUUUGACUUGGUCGGUCCUCUCUUGGUAAUGUGCUUUAUUCUACGGGUUGUCUCGGCACUUAAACUUCCAAGACUUGUAGUUCAUUUCGUUUCAUUUAUCUGUGGACUAGGAGCUUUAUUUUUGUUCCUGAAAAAAAACUUGGUAUAUCCACUGGCCAUGAGCGCGCUUGGGUAUCUAAUUCUGUUCGUGAAGCACGGAAAUAGAGGGAUGGUAAUGGCUUCGACUUCAGUCAUGUUUUUAAUCAUAUGUGAACUGUUUAUUGUUACACCUGAAAACUGGCACCAGGUUCGAGGCUCUCAGAUGGUACUAGUAAUGAAGCUUAUUUCAUUGGGUUUUGAUAUGGAUAAAGGUACAACUCCACGGCCUAACAUCGUGGAGUAUCUUGGGUACUCUGUGUCAGUCAGUUCUGUCAUCUUUGGACCUUUUCUGACAUAUUCAGAUUAUUGCCAGCUUUUGGAUGGAAAAAAGUUGAGCUUUGCCUGGUUUUUAGGAGUAGUAAGGAGUUGUUUUCUGUCCUAUUGUUGUUUAAUAGUUUCAGCUUGUGUUGCACCAUGGAUGUUUCCAGAGGACUCUUUUAAGGUAUCAAUUUUCAACUUGCAGCAGUGUUGAUUUCUGUAGGAACAUAUGCUUACAUUGAACAUGUUUUUCGUCACAAGUUGGGGAAAAUUUUCAAUGCUUGUAUUCUAGCAAGAAAAUGCAGACCAGAGUGUGGACAUGUUUACAAAGAUGGUAACUUUUGGGUGAUUGCUGCUAAUCUUGGCCUAAGCUUCCUUGCGGUCUUUCACCUGGCUUAUUUAGGCAUCAUGUUUGGGGGAGACUCAGAAAUCCAAGAAAAGGGUUAUGGCAUGAAUCACACUUUAGGCAAAUGGUCCGAUUUGGAUUUUGCCAGUCAUUGGGUGGCCCUGGCAACUUUUCUUUUGAGUAGAAUUAUUGGCUGAGCAAGUUUAAGCAAAUGCAAAAUACACAAGUCAACUAUGGUGAAUAUUUUAUAGGGGGCCACUGUUUCCAUUGCCUCUAUAGACUGAGCAAAGUGACGUAGCCUUAAUUUGCA